AUGUCCGGAGCAGAGGAGGUCUGCGUGGUGCCUGAGCAGGAGCGGGAGCCCGAAGCGACACACCCUGGGGGCCCCUGCAGCGGCAGUAAAGCCAAAGCCAAAAAGAGCCGCUUGUCCCGGUCCUCGCGGGCUGGGCUGCUCUUCCCUGUGAGCCGCGUAGACAGGCAGCUGCGCAGGGGCCAGUUUGCUGCGCGCUUUGGAGCCAGGGCCCCUGUCUACCUGGCUGCGGUGCUGCAGUGGGUGACACGCAAGACCAUGGACGCGGCCGGCAAGAUCUCCAAGAAGAGCAAGCAGCAGCGCAUCUCUCCAUCGCACUUGCAGACAGCCGUGCAGCGGAGCUCUGUGCUCAGGCAACUCCUGUUCGGCAGAGCGCCCAGGGGCCGCAGCAGGGCUGUUGCCCAAAGCCAGCGCGUGGCCUCGCGCGCAAAAAAGACCACGGCCAAGAGUAAGAAGAGAUUCCCCAGGCAAAGGGGUUCGCCCCACCGAGCCGCUGCUGCUGCCAAGUGA